UAGAGAAUUGCCUAGUUUUUAAAUGUUUUUUAUUUAUUUUUACAUUGGAACUCCCGUUCCUAUUUUAGUUUCUUGAUUUCAAUACAUUAUAUUUUCGUUAAAAUUAUCGAUAACAUCGAUGGCUAUUUAAAAAUCAACAUACUAACUAUUCCUAAAAAAUUUAAAGUGUAUUAAAUUGGUGCUAAAAAUAGUAUUGAACAAUGGAUGAAGCUAGUGGAAUUCCUCAUGGACCCCCAAUGAAUAUACUUCCGCCAACCCCUGCAGGACUAGAAAGUCUAUAUAGUCUUUGCAGAAAAAUUUAUCCCGACCAGGUCAACCCUUUACAAGUUACUGCAUUACUUAAAUUUUGGUUAGGGGGCCCUGACCCAUUAGACUAUAUAUCAAUGUAUGCAAAUCCAGGCAUACCCCAUGAGAAUAUUCCUCCACAUUGGCAUUAUAUUAGUUUUGGUUUGUCGGAUUUGCAUGGAGAUGGAAGAGUCCAUGAUGUUACAGGACCAGAAGGACUUUCUGGAUUUGGUUUUGAAUUGAGUUUCAGGCUAAGAAGGGAACCUGAAGAAACAGCACCACCUACAUGGCCAGCUACACUAAUGCAGUCUUUAGCAAAAUAUGUCUUCCAAUCAGGUAAUGCCCUGUGUUCUGGAGACCAUGUAUCCUGGCACUGCGCCCUGGAUAACAGUGAAUCCAGGAUGCAACACAUGCUGAUGACCACAGAUCUUCAAUUAAAAACAGCUCACACCCCCUUUGGUACUGUAGAUUUUAUCCAAAUCGUUGGAAUAUGCACAGAGGAGCUGAAAGCGGCUCAACAGUGGAAUGGCGCCGGAAUCCUUGAUAUGAUAACUAGAAUGCCUUCGGCUGGAGGGCCGUGGCACGUGACAGACAUGCGACGAGGCGAAAGCAUAUUCGAACUUGACAUGAACGCACACGAGGAAGUCGAACGGGGUUUUGAAUUAGAGGGCUCGAAUUUGAGCGGCGUCAGUGCGAGAUGUUCAUGGAUGGAACAGGAUCCAUCCAAAAUAGUCUCACAGUUUAAAGAUUUUAGUGACGAACACAUUGACGAGUUUAGAAUGAAAUCACCUCUGCAACAAGGAGGUAAUUUGUUUUUAGGCAAUAGAUGCGUUACGGAUUCAGCAGAAUUAAUAAGUAUUAAAAAACUGGAAGGAGUUCAUUUAGUGUUCAAUUUAGAAGCCGGAAGUCUGCUCCCUCUGGCAAUACGGGGUAGAGUAAAACACGGUCGACAUUUCACCUUUAAAUCGGUUUUGGGAGAAACGGCCAUCACUUUAGUGGCUCAUUCUGUGACUGGAACGUUGGUGGAAAACGAACAUCCCUUCGUAACUCAAGGUUCUUGGUUGCAAGUGUUGAUUUCGGACGAUUUGGCGCAAGAUAUGGCGGUCACCUUCCAGGUUUUGGCAAAUCCAGAGGCGUUAUCGUUACCAAAAACAUUCUCUUGGCCGGAUAAGAGACUUUCUAUUACCAUCGUUUCUGAUAAACUAUAGUAGCUGUAAAUUGGAUUAUUAACUUAUGUAAUAAGUUUUUUAACCAUGGCAAUUUCUACGGAAAUUCAAUUUAUAUGUUAAUUAUUAUAUCACAGUACGUGACAUUCUACAAAUGUAUAUUUUUUUUAAAGAGACUGAUAUAUUUUUAAACUCUAUUUCGCAGCCUUUUUUUUUAUUAAAUCUAAUUUUUAAAUAAAAUAAUUUCCGCCCUAUACCAUUUUGUGUUAACUUUUGCAAUAACUAAGUAUCUAUGGCAGUUUGUGAUAUAUUUACUCGAAUAUGUUUAUUUAGGUUUUCUUAUUUAUAUUUAUAUCUCGUACAUAAUCAAAUUUAUACACAGGUGGUUCAAAUUAACUAAACCUUAUAAUAAUCAUUUUUUUACAGGUAUAUUUACUUCUCAAUUAAAAGUAGCCUUUUAUCAAUGUUAAAUAUGUAUUCCACUUAUUUAUAUUUUAUUUAUACUAUUUAAAUGAUGUGCCUUAUAUUUAUAUGUG